AUGGCAAAGGUGUCCUUAUUCACGCUGGAAGACGCCAAAGCCGCCUUUACUCUCUUCUGUGGCAUCUACGGUAUUGGAACACUUGGUAUGCCAGGCAACUUUUCACGCGCCGGUCCCAUUCUCGCCACCGUUGCCAUGGCAUUCAUGGCGCUCGCCAACACGUACUCCUCGGUGGCCAUUUGCCGUGUCAUGUUACUUGCCCCACGAUCCGCCAGAACCUAUGGUGAUAUCGGCGAAUGGUGCAUGGGCAGGCCGGGCCGCUAUAUUUCAGUCACUACGCAGAUAAUCAACUGCCUGAUGAUCCCAUGCAUGUUCCUUGUGCUCGGUGGAAGCCUUCUUGACGGUCUCUUCCCGGGCGGUUUUGGCGCGACGACUUGGAUUAUCCUCAUGGCUUUCUCAUGCCUACCAGUAUGUAUGGUACCGACACUAAAAGAAGGAGCUGCCAUAGCCUUUGCAGGCUGUAUGGCUACGUUAAUUGCUGAUGUGAUCAGCGUCACUGUCGUAAUGCAUGGCAUGCGUGGUCACCCAAGUGUUCCACCGCCUGACAUUAAUAUCAAGCAAGUCGUUGGUACUUUCGGCAAUUUGGCUCUCGCGUACGGUGCUGGUAUCUUGAUCCCUGCGCUGCAGCGUCAGCACAGCAAUCCCGAACGUAUGCCUCGUGUCGUCGGUGUCACCAUGGCUUUCAUCUCAUGCUGUUUUCUGGUCCUUGCCAGCACCGCCUACUCAUCUGUGGGCUGUCAGAUUUCGGGUAACUUGCUGUGGUCGAUCUAUCCUGACUCGGUUACAGGUCUGACCACUCUCGGCUUCGCAUCGGAUCGAGGCAUGGUCGUCCUUGCCUACCUCUUUAUGCAGCUUCACAUUACGAUUGCCUUUUCCGUUGCCCUGAACCCGGCUUUUUACUUCGCUGAACGCAUCGUGCUUGGCAUGCACAAACCUGCCGUCUUCGACAUUGAAAACAACGUGAUGGGCUAUGCUACUGCUACUACUCCUGCUGACGUCGUUGAACACUCGGAGAAAGAGUCUCGUGUUUCCAAGCGGUCUUCUCUUACUAUUACCGCUGAUGAGAGUGAACAAUUUGGUGAUUCCGAGGUCGAAGCUGCUGAAUACCGUGGCGCCAACACUUUUAAGUACGUCAUUCUACGCAUCGUGAUUAUCUUUAUCCUCGUAGUCGCCUCGGUGCUCCUGAAAGAUCACUUUCACGACUUGGCUGACUUUGUCGGCAAAAACUUGUUUGCUCAUGGUGAAGAUGACACGUCCUUCCCGUUCUGUGCGGCAGAGUUUGAAAACGUUGUGUAUUACAAUUACUCGAUGGCUCACGACAGCAAAGUACGAGUGUAA